AUGAUUGACUGUUCCAGUUCUACACAUACCGAAAGGAAGAUCCUAGGGGGGUCAAGUAGUUCGGUUUCCUGGUUUUCAUGCAUGUCUGAAUACCCUUGUGCUAGCUCUCAUCCUUCGCUAAUAGAGGAGCAACCGAGGGAGACAAUCUGUCAGCAAACGAGAGAGGAGAGGAGUGGAGCAGUGGAAGCAAGAGACAAUUCGGGAGCUGCACAACGAAACGAAGACAACAACAAUCCAUUGUCAGAAAAAGGAUUAAAUAAUUUGUUUGAGAUUUCAAUCUCAAGCAAAAAUCCAAGCCCGGAGAGAAGAGACACUACUGUGAUUCUAUCAUCAGAUGAUGAAGACGACGAUUGUGAUUAUAAACCGAGUUUAAAUCGAAGCUAUACAAAGAAGUCAAAAUCAAGGCCGUUCAUUACUCGUACAAACCCUAGACAACCAAAGAAGCCUCGUGUUUUGGGUUCUCGGUCUCGAUUUAGCAGAGAGUCCACUAAUUUAUUUGAGGUUGGAUUUCCUAAUGAAGAUUUUGAAGAAUUAUUUUCUGGGUCCAAGGUUGAAGAAGUUAAAUUGUGGUUCGAGGAAAGAUUAAAAACUCCUAAGGAAAAUUUGAGAAAUCAUGUUCUUGUCAUCACCGGGCAAGCUGGUGUUGGAAAAUCUACAACUAUCCAUGUGAUUGCAUCUCAUUUUGGAGCUAGAUUAUGUGAAUGGAACACACCUACUCCUACAAUUUGGCAGGAACAUGUGCAUAAUGCCAAUACAGGAAUACAGUAUACAUCCAAGUUGGAUGAAUUUGUAAAUUUCACCGAGAAAAUUAGAAAGUAUGGAUUAAUCCCAUCAUCCUUCGCCAAGGACUCAAAACAAUCGAUUAUACUCUUAAUUGAUGACCUUCCUGUGACGAAUGGAAGAGAUGCUUUUGAAAGACUUAAAAGCUGCUUGCUUCAUCUUGUGAGAUCAACUCAGAUACCAACAGCUAUACUGGUAACAGACUAUAGUAAAGCAGAUUCAACAGAUCAUACGGCACGAUCUUUGGAACAACUUCAGUUGUCUCUUGAGAAUGCUGGGGCUUGUAAGGUUUCUUUUAACCCUAUUACAAAUAACUCCAUUAAGAGGACCCUCAGUAGUAUAUGCAGACAGGAGCAGCAUAGUGUAACUGACGAACAACUUGAUCUGAUUGCAAAAGCCAGUGGAGGUGAUAUAAGACAUGCAAUUACAUCCUUGCAGCUCUUUUGUGUGAAACCAGAUCUAGCGCUCAAUGGGUCCCAUUCUACUCCAAGUUACUCGUACAGAAAAGAAGAUGAUAUUAAUGCUUUAGUUAGUGGAAUUUCAUUGUUAUUUGGCAGAGAUGAGACACUCUCUCUAUUUCAUGCCCUGGGAAAGUUUCUGCACAAUAAAAGAGAAACUGAAGAUGCCAAAGCUAUUAUGACUGGUGUGUCUUCAUGA